AUGGCAGCCCUGGCUCGCACCGAGAAAGAUUUCCAGGCCUACUCGGACAUUUAUCCCGGUGUGAGGUGCGUGCUUGGCUCGAUGGAGGAUUUUCCAAUGCUGGAGCAGGAGUCUCUAAAGACAGACAUUGCCAUCAGCCACGGGCACCAGCCACCCCGAGAGACCUUCUACAUCCACACACCCGGCGCGGCCAAUAUAUGGACGGAGCCCACCGGGCAGCCCUCGGACCGCGUCUGGGACGACGUCGCCGACCUCGAGGAGCUGUCGUCCCUGCCGGACACCGCCACGCACUCGGCCACAGACCGACUGGCCGCGCAGCAGCAGGUGAAGCCGACAGUGGACGGCAAGUUCAUGGGCGACGGCGGCGCCGGCAACACGCUCCGGACCGCCAUCAUCGCCCCGCCCGACGUCUUCGGCCUCGCGCCCGGCGCCAAGCGCCGCACGCCGCUGCUGCUCGGAUACGUCGUCGACGUGGCGCGCCGCGUCGGGGGCGCCUUCCGCGUCGGGCCCGGCGACAACAUCCUCGCCCUCGUCGACGUGCGCCACCUAGCGCGCCUGUACGCCAGCCUCGUCGGGGACGCCCUGCGGCGCCUGGGGCGGGCGUCGCAGGGCGCUGCCGCCGCCGCCGUCGAGGGCGUGGUCGACGCCGGCAGCGGGCUCGAGAUGUGGGGACCGAAAGCCUACUACUUCAUCGAGACGCAGGAGCUGACGUGGCGCGAGCUUAUGGGUGACAUGGUCGUGCCGGCGCUCAAGAGGCACGGCGACGAGGCGUUUGCCGCGUGGGACCAGGGGCAGUUUGAGGUGGUCAGCCUCGAGGAGGUCAAAUCUCACAUCAUGGCGCGCUUCGGCGGCUUGGAGGGUGCCGAGGUCUGGAGCGGGCAUGUCGCCGAGAACAUGGCGGUUACGAUGCGCACCAGGGGCUCCAGGGCCGCUGCUCUGUUUGGCUUGCGGCCGGAGGACGCAACUUUGGAUAUUGAGCGUGAUAUCAAGGCAUAA